AUGGCAGGCGAAUCAUAUGGUGUAUGUCUUGCAGUUUAUCCUCUCCGGCUCUAUUGGACAUAUGGGGAAGAUACCCCCCCUCUGUUGGCCUCGGCUGUAUAUGACAAGAACGUGAAGCUCUUCGCCGCUGGUCAGACACCUAUCAACCUCGCGUCUGUAAUGAUAGGAAAUGGAAUAACAGAUGGCAUAACAAUGGUUCUAUCAUACUUCGACGUGCAAUGCACCACAGCCUCUGUCCCGCCAAUCCUAGAUAGGAAAACUUGCGUUUAUAUGAAGUCCGCACUCCCAAGAUGCAGAAAAUGGAUGAUCCGAUCCUGCGUGGACCAAUCCGACUCCAUCAACUGCGGCGCUGCAUACUCCUUCUGCAGCUCGGUUCUCAGCGCCCCUUACCGACAAGCCGUCCCAUCACCUAACCUCCUCAUUCUCCCCUUAUCUAAUACCCUCCCUCCUAGAUACAUCCUCCAAUACCUCGACGACCUCAACAUCCGCACCCUCCUCGGUGUCGAUCCCUCCCUAACUGCCAACUGGGACUAA